AUGUCUAGAAGUGGUAGCAACAGCUCAAAAGGGACAGCCUCCGAGAAUAAUUUUAAGCUAAGUAUCCCCAGAAGGGGUUUCAAAAAAUAUACCUCGGCCUUGCCAGCUAGUAGAGGGUCCACCAUCAUUAAGGGUCGUCCAUUUAAAGUCCAUAAGCCAACCGUUACAAGCCAUACGCUAAUUUAUCAAACAUCCAGUGGCCAUUCAAGGGGAAAUCCAAUGAGAAAUGACAGUACUAAAGCACUAGACUGGAUCCACUCUCUCAUUAACAGAGGUAAAACCAUAUUAUCAACUGUAAAGGACGAAGAGGUUUCAUUCCAAAAGCAAUUGAAAAAAGAACGACAAAUGGCAUUAGACCAGGAAAAUAAGGUUGCAAAUAUUCUCAGUAAUAUGGAUGCAUAUGAGACUUCCCUGCGAAGUAGCACUGAAGAUUACGGUACGGAUACCUCAUUCAAAAACAUGAAUGAUACCAUUCGAGACAGCAUCAUAAACUCAAGUGCUAGCUAUGCCACUGACUCAGAAGCAGCAAAUACAGAUAAUGUUCUAUUAGAAGAAGAGAAUGAAGAGAAUAGUGACGCAUCCAUCAUAAUCCUAUCAGAUGGAAGUAGUUCUGAUAAUGAAUCACUUCCUAAAGAAUUUGAAGAAGAUAGUGAACAAGAACUAUCGGAAGAAGAUUAUUCAGAGCACAAUUCAGAAGAAGAUAUCUAUCUUUCAGAAGAAGAUGAGAUCCAAUCGAAAUCUUCUGAAUCAAGUCACUUCUCAGAAUCAGAAGAUGAAAUUUCAUCAGAGCAUAGCGAACAGCUCGUUGAAGUCCAGAAUAAUGAGUCUAGCGGAAGGAUACAAACUGCUAAUCAACUAAAUGAUGGCGAAAACUUAACUUUUGCAGAGAAACAAGAAUAUGAUUACCAAAGUGAAGAUUCCGAAGAGAGAGAAAACACUCAUGACAAUGAGAGUAGUGGCAAGGACUUGAAUAGUGAGGAAGAAGAAGAUUAUAUGAGUGAAGACUCUGAGGGAGAGCAUGAUAUGGAAGCUUCCCCCAUAAAUUUCCAGGAUUUCAUGAAACCUCGUUUAGGAAAACUUCAACCCACAGAAGAAAGUAAUCUUAGAAAAGACCUUAAAUACGAAUCUGGAAGCGAAAUAUCCAAUGCAUCUGCCGAAAUUGAAGUGGAAAAUAUCGAAUCUCACUCUGAGGAUGAACUAUCUCCGCAUUCAGACAAUGCUAAUCUGCAAACAGAAGCUAUUGUAGAUGCACAAAAACAGUCUAAAGGUGAACUAUUUGAAUUUUUGAAGGAUCAGAACAAUGACGGAGAAACCAAGCACGUAGACAGGGAGUCUGAAAUAGAGAUAGAAGUAGAGGAACCAGAUUCUUACUCAGACAAUUAUUGGAAAAAUGCCGAAGAGCCAGUCGAAGAGCUCAACGAUGAAAUAGCGUAUGAUCAUAAAAUAGUAGAGGAGAAUUAUGAUGUGGAGGAAGAGGAAAGUAAUAUUGAUAAUGCUAUGAGUGAAGAAUAUUCGAUUGAAGAAGUGGAGACUGAGGGAUAUCAAUUGGAACCUAUUGCCCAAGAUACAUUGAAUGAAACUAAAUUCCAAAAUUUACCCCACAAUCUAUUUGAUCUCCAGAAUAUUGCGAACCAAGCAUUUGAGAACAUUGCAGGAUAUCCUUUAAAUAAAGACGUUAUUGACCAAGAGAGCGAUUCAGAAAUUAAUAGCUCCAUUGUUCCCAAUCAACACAUUACUCCUCAUCUCAAUAGCCCUGAAUUUGCUGAACACAUCAAGCACUCGAUUGAUAAUGAUGAUGCUAAUCCUGCUGAUGUAAAAGAGGCCAAAAUUAGGCGAGAAAUAUCUGACGGAGUGCAGCAAAAAGAUGAUGAUAUCAUAAGUCACACCGAGGAUAAUAGUGUAUACUAUUCCACAAUAGAGAAUGAUGACGAAAUUGAUAAUUCAGCUUCAGCAAAUACUUCUGAAAGAGCAUCACAUGUAGAGCCCAUGAGCGGAUCAGAACCAGACACUGUAACUGAUAGAAUCAAUACGAAAUAUGAAGUUAUUAUCUCGGAAUCGCUGUAUAGCCCAACAUCAUCUGAGGAAUCUGUUCGAUUGCCUACUAACUAUGUCUCUCCAUUCGGUAGUGAUCCAUUUUCUUUUCAAGAGGGAAUCGAAGAUGCAAAUGGCCUGCUUAAGAAAACACUUUCAAGUAUUAAACAAGAAUCUAGUUCCACAUCCUCAGAAGAUGCAUUAUCAGAAAACUCUGGAACAGGUGUAACGCCUGAUGAUUCCGAUGCAUCAGAAGAUAAAGAAGAAACACACCAUGAUGAGGCUCUUAAGCACGGCGAGACUCGUACCUCAGAAGAAAACCAAUCAUCAGACCAUCGACAAAAUGAAUGGAACUCAUUUUCAGGAAAAUUAGGAAUGUAUGACGAACGAACUGACUCGGAAGAAAGUGAUACUAAUGGAAAUGAGAUAAAAGUUGUCAAACAAGAUAACCGCCUUCGGUUGAAUGAGGAGGAAAUUCCACUCAUAAAACAACAUGGGGUAGAUAAAAGGGAAGGAGAAAUGGUCGAUGAUGCAAAUGAAAAUGAGGGAAGUCCAGAUCCACAUGUCGAAAAUUUGACUGCUUUAGGAGAAAAUCGAGAGCAAAUUGAAGGCAUGGAGAAUUCUAAAGAAUCUAUAUCAGGGGGUGAUAGCAAAGUAAAUAUUGUCCCAGAUUCUAACAAUCAUACCCAACCUCUGCAAUCAAUAGAAGAAGGUAAAAAUGAAAAUGAAAUGGAUGUACCUGUGAAAGAAGAGAUGUACGAAUUAAUGAGAAAUACACCAGAAGAAAUCAAAGGGUCAUCACCAAAGGAAACUGAGAAUAUCAAUAUAUCUGACGAAUCAUGUUCUGAUGUAGAUAAGUUCAGUAACUUGGAGAGGAAUGAGAAAAUGAAGAAUGAAGAAUUUUCCCCAGAGGACUCCAGUGAGCACGAUGAGGGAAGAAUUCCAGAAACAGCUGUCCUAGAACCAUUACCAAUUCUAGUGGCACCUUCGACUUCCCUGAUUAAAAGCCAAAAUAGUACUUCCGAGGAGGACACACUAAGACAGAAAGUCUAUUUUUCGCACAUCAACGAGGGAAUUAUAUCAGAUGCACCUCAACUAAAAAAACCAUCCCUAACUCAUAGACUUCUCAGCUCACCAGCACGAGCUGCUGAGUCGUUAGUUUCAAGUAUAAUUGACAUAGCCUCAGCUGCAAAAAAUUUUAUGGAAGAAUUAGAUGCUAUUAAUUCAGAUUCUUCAGAUAUCUCAGCUACACACUCCGAAAGUUUCCAAGAAGAGAACAUGGACGAAGAUCAACAACCUAUUAUGGAAAGUGAUGGCCCAAUGAAAACUGGAACUCGUGUUGAGGAGGAAGAGGAUACACUACAAAUGAAUUCUGUAAAAGAAGACAACCCAAAUAAUGAGGUAAUAUUUCAAGUGGAUAAAUUACAGCAACUAGCCCAGAGCAUGAGAACAACUUUACCCACAGGUACUACAGAUGUAGAUUUCCAAGAAAAUUUCGAUGCACGCUUGACUAAUGCUGAUUAUGAGGGAGUCGCUGAACACAUAGGCAUUGAUAGUGAAACUGAGUUACCUAUCGAAGGAGAGGAUUUGAUUGAUGCCGAAGAGAAGCACUCAUCAAAAUCACCCGAAUUGAACGCCGCUGGUAGCCAGCAACCAGUUGAUGCGACAGAAAAUAUAAAGCCUCUAAUGGAGUACAAUAUUUUCUCGAAGGUUUCUCAAGAUGAUAAUACCAAAUUUUCUAAUCAGGGAGUACCAGAGGAAAAUUUGACAUCUGAACCACCUUCGGACGAUGAAGUAGGUGAAUCAUUUGAAUUUAAAAAUAUGACUAAUCCAACAAUUAAUGACAUUAAUUCUGAACCCGAAUCAAUUAAUGAAUCGAAUAUUGAUGCUAAUGUUGAAGACGAUUCAAACAUAAGAUCUGAAUUAGAUAUUCCUAUUAAUGUUCAAAAUGAAGGAAACGAUGUCACCGAUGUAAAAGUCUCUAUUAAAAGUGAUGACAAUAAAAUGGAGAUAUUUGAAACUGGAGACGAUGACAUUGAAUUUAUACCAUCCGAAUCAGUUGAGUUUGAAAAAGAUGACAAAAUUGGAAAUUCUGAGACAGUUGGUGCUGCUAGGAUAGAAACGUCUGAAGAGAAAGAUGUUGAAUCUCCAACAACCAAGCCAUAUACUCCCCCUCAUGGGGAUGAAACAGAUGUUUCGGUGAUAGCUUCACCUACUAUCGGAGAAGAAAAGAUUGAAAACCCCUUUAGCAGUGUCAGAAGUGGGAAGUCGCCAAAGAAGAAAAACAAUAGGACUACCAGAAAGAGGAAAAGAAAAAUUACAGAUACUCCUACUCGUGUUGGAACCAAAGUUCAGAAAAAGGACACAAAGAAUUCGAAGAAGGGUGGCAAGAAGAAAGUUAAAGAUAAGAAAAAAUAA